AUGAAGGAGCCUGGAGUUGACUCGCGUGGCGAGGACCUGCUCUUGUCAACGCGACAGCCGCUGUCAUCCGUCCUCAGGGACCUCAAACGAGAGAGCAACGACUUGUGGUCAUGCAUAAACAGCUUACUCGAGGACGAGCGCUUCGUGGCGGAGCUCAGGCAGCUGUACCCCUCCCUCCCCCUCGUCGCCAACCUGCGGUGCGGCCUCUGGUACGCGCCCCGCUUCGACGCGACCUGCUACUUCAAAUCGACAGACGGCCACAACGGCUGGUGGAGCUUCUCCACCACGCGCCUCAACAUGGCGCUCGCAGAGGCGGCGGCGGCGCGCGGCGGCGCCGUCGUGGUCGACGCGACGCGCAAGGGCAAGCGCUUCCCG